AUGAAGAAAGAAUCCAAGUAUUAUUUAGGAAGUUUACUAGCACCUUAUUAAUAUGAACCUAAUUCCUUUAUUGAAUUAGAUCUAAAUGAUAAAGCAUUUCUUUGUCCACAAUUAAUUGAUUUUAGUACUCCUAUUUGUUCAUUAAAAAAUGAAAAUAUAUCAACCUACAUAGUUACUAAAACUAAGAAUUUUAGACAAUCUACUUUGGUCUUGAAAUAAAAAAAGAUUGGAAAGUAAAUUCAUUAUUAACCAUUAUAAAUUCAUGGAAGAAUUUCUCAUUGUUAUGAUGAAAUUUGGUGGUUUUUAUUAACAGUCGAUUAUGUUAAAGUAAUUGCAAAGACAGUAAAUUUUAAAUAUUCAGACAAUCUUAGAUAAAUAAGACUGGAUGUCUAUUUAAAAUAGAAUGCAUUAAAUGAUUAAUUUGAUCUAUCCAAAUUUAAUUAGAAAGCAUUUUAAGAUGGUUUUGUAAAUAGAGAAAGAUUUUCAUAUGCAGAAUCAGAAGAAGAUUUAAAUGUAGAUUUAUAAUAUUUCUCUCGUUUAUCACUUUUGCUUUUAUUUGAUUUACUUAAUCUAUAAAGAACUAUUCCAGCAAUGAUUAAAUCAGAUAAGUAUGUAAAGAUAUUCUUCACUUAAUUGGAAAAGUUUCAUUCUUUAUAAAUGGGAUAACCUCUAAGAAUUGAUUUAACUUUUAAGGAUUUUGCAAGAGUAAUUAUUACUAAUAAUGAAUACUAUAGAAAUUCAUUGUAGAAUUCAGCUUUUUCUAAUAAAUUAUAUUCUCUUAAAGAUUUUAAGAGUUCUUGUCUCUUUUUAUCAAAAAAUAAAUAUUAUACUAAUGAAGAAUCUCAAUUUAAUCCAAUUCAAUAAGAAGUACCUAUUUAUUAGAAUGUCUAUUUUAAAAAAUAUAUGACUACAUUGUUACAUGAAAUAUAGAAAUUCAUUUCUACAUCAACUAAACAUGUAAAUGAACACAAAUAACAAAACUAUUAGAAAUAUUGUUUUGAAUUAUUGUUUCUUAAAUUAAAUUGUACAUAUCAAUCUUUAUGUUAAGGAUUUCAUAGUCAUUAACCAAGUAUUGAUAAACUUAAUGAAUUAAGAUAUAAAGUAGAUAAUAUUGAACAACUCAGUAUUAAGACAUUUCUUACUCUGAAUACAGAGAAUUCUUCUUUAUAUAAAGAGACUUAAAAUCCUUUUAUUUAAGUAAUUGUUGGUGGAAUAAAUCAUAAGAAAGAUAAAGAAUAUUUUGAAUUGUAAAUUUCUUCAGGAAAUUUGUGUGAUUGCUAAAAAUAUUAAUAAGCAUUAAAAUAAUUGGAAAUAAAUAGAAGAGAAUAAGUUUAAAAAAUGAUUGACUUUUGUACGGGCAAACUAAAACUUUCUGAAGAAAUAAAUGAAAAUGAAAUUAAUUCUUUUUUAAAUAGUAAAGAUUAGGAAAUAUAUGAACAUCCUAAACCUAAAACUUUGAUUUGUGAUUUGAAAUAACAUUAAAAAUAAGCAUUAACAUGGAUGUUAUGGAGAGAAGGUUUAAUUCCUAAUCCUAAGAACUCUGAAGCAAAAGAUAAAGGUUAAUGGUAAUUAUCUCCUUUAUGGGAAGAAGUUUUAUUAGAAAGUGGUAAAAAAUUAUAUAUGAAUACAUUUACUGGAAAAAUCACUGAUGAAUUUUAAUCUUAUAAUUCUACUAAAGGAGGAAUACUUGCAGAUGAAAUGGGAUUGGGAAAAACUAUUAUGACUUUAGCUUUAAUUUUAUAAACUUAAAAAAAAGGAAGAGUUACUUUAAUAAUUGUUCCCAAAUCUGUCUUAUUGUAAUGGGAAGCAGAAAUUAAAAAACAUUCAAUACCUAACAGUCUUUAAGUAUUGACAUUUUAUAAGAUAUCAAAUAGAAAUAAGAAAAUUGUUUUCUCUAAUUAUGAUGUUAUUAUAACAACCUAUACUGUUGUAGCCUAAAAUUAUUCUAACUGGUUAAAAGAAAAUGGACUGGAAGAUACUGAAAUAUAUUAAAAAGUAAGAAAUAAACCAGAUCAUGAAUAAAAAGAAUAGAAAGAAUAGAAAGAAUAGAAAGAAUUUAAAGAAUAGAAAGAAUUUAAAGAAUAAAAAGAAUUUAAAGAAUAAAAAGAAUUUAAAGAAUUGAAAGAAUUUAAAGAAUAGAAAGAAUAAAAAGAAUUUAAAGAAUUUAAAGAAUAGAAAGAAUAAAAAGAAUUUAAAGAAUAGAAAGAAUAGAAAGAAUUGAAAGAAUCAAAAAUUUCUAAUGAUACAUAAAUUUUAAAUGAUAGUUUUGAAAUAGAAUUAGAUUCUUAAGAUUUUUGUUAAAAUAAUGAUUAAAGUGAAGAAUUUAAAUCUAUUUUUGACUUAAAAUCAUCUAAAUUUGAAAAGUCUUAAUUAUUUGGUGAACCAAUAGAAAUAAGUUAGAAUGAUUAUGAAUGUGGAACAAAAACAAAGAAAAAUAAUUAAGGAAAAAUAACAAAUUUAUUUGAUUUUACAUAUUAUAGAGUUAUCUUAGAUGAAGCACAUAAUAUAAAAACAAAAAAUACUUUAUAAACAAGAAGUGCUAUGGCUUUAAAGAGUGAAUGUCGAUGGUGUUUAACAGGUACUCCAAUAUAAAAUAAACAUGAUGAUCUAUUUAGUUUAUUAUCGUUCCUAAGAGUUGAAACAUUUGGUGAAUAGUAUAAUAUUCAUUUUUAUAUUUAAUAGUUAUUGGUGGAAUGCUUAUAUAAAUAAAGAGGAAAAUGAGGAUGAAUAAUAAUGUAUUUUAGGAGAAAUAAUAAAACCAAUUAUUCUAAGAAGAACCAAAUAGUAGUUGAGUAAUCAAAAUUCAUUAUAAAUAAAUGAAUCUAUAUGUUGGGUUAAAUUAGAAAAUAAAGAAAGAGCACUUUAUGAUAAGUUUUUUGAAGGAACACAAUAAUUAUUCAAAGUCUAUUUGAAUUCUGAAAAAAGCAGAUAAUUUGUUCAUAUUUUUCAAAUCAUAAAUAAAUUAAGGAUGACAUGUGACCAUCCCUCUAUUGCUUUAAAAGGAAUUAAUUUGGAUACUAAUUCUAUUGAUGAAAUUAAAUAUUGCAUAGAAAACUUUUUUGCCAAAUAAAAAUCUGGUGAUUAAGAUAUAUCUGAUAAAUAAAGAUAAUAGUUAGUUGAUUUAAUAUAACGAGGAAAUUUAAAUGAUUGCACACUCUGUUCUGAAGAUGGAAUAACUACAUUUGAUAUUUCAAUAUGCGGACAUGUUUAUUGUCAUAAGUAUUAAUUAUAUAUAACUUAUAGUUGUUUUAAAGAAGUAAUUGAAACUAUUGGAGAAUGUCCAACAUGUUCUAAAAGAUUAACCUUAAAAGAUAUUAUGAGUGUAUAGAGUAAUUCAUACGAAGUUUAAGAAAUCAAACAAACUAAGUGGGGUCCUAGUAGUAAAAUGUUAGCAGUAGUAAAUGAAACUAAAAAAGUAUAACUCAAAAGAGAAAAAUGUUUAAUCUUUACAUAAUGGAUUUAAAUGAUAAGGUUACUUGAAGAAAAAUUUCAAGAAGAAGAAAUUUGGUGUUAAGUUGUUACAGGAGCUAUGUCUGUUGAAUAAAGAAAUAAAGUCAUUUAAUCAUUUGAAUAACAUCCUGCUUUUACAGCUUUAAUUUUAUCUUUAAGAGCUACAUCUACUGGAUUAAAUUUAACUAUGGCUAAUCAUGUAUUCCUAGUUGAUCCAUGGUGGAAUGUAAUUAUAUAUUAUAUUAUUAUUAGCCAGCCAUUGAAGAUUAAGCUAUUGGAAGAGCUGAUAGAAUCGGAUAAAAAAAAUAAGUUAAUGUAAUUAGAUUUCUUUGUGCAAAUACAAUUGAAGAAAAAAUUAAUUUGUUGCAUCAAAAGAAAAAGAAUAUGAUUAGAAAAGUCAUAGCAAAUGAUUAAAAAAAAUCAUCAGAUAUUGAUGACUUUAAGUUUUUAAUUUUUGAACAACCCAUAUGA